AUGUUAGACCUUCACGUAUGGGGCUCCGCCUUUGGUCUUCCGUCCAUUGAGCCCGAGUGCCUUGCGAUCAUCACAUACCUGCAUAGCAGCCUCCCUGUAUCAGCCUGGCGCCUGAUUCCAAGCAACGAUCCUUCCAUCAGCCCGUGUACACUGUAUCAUGAGGGCGUAUGGGUAUCAAGCUUCGGUCCUAUUGUCGAGUACUUGACUGAAAAGUCCAUUGGUGACAAUCUGGAUGCUGGCCUGACCGACAUUCAGCAGGCUGAUCGUGUUGCAUAUGCUGCCUUCUUGUCUGCGCAAGCUGCUCCAUUGCUGGAUCUUUCACUCUACGUCUCCGCUGCCAACUGGUCAGCCACAACUCGGCCCGCCUUCAGCACUCUAUUGUCUUUCCCAUUGACAUGGACAGUUCCGCCACUGCUCCGCGCCGAGGCUGUCAAACGCGUUGAGCACCUGGGCUUUGCUGAUAUGGAUACCGACUUUGACCCAAAUGGCGGCCUUCACCUAUCCUCCGGGAGAGAUGCUUUACCAGAGACAUUCCGAAGGCACAUUCCUGUGAGGACAAAAAAGACGGUUCAUGAAGAAAUGACCCCUGAACAAGCCGUUCUUAUAAGGUUAUAUGGAAUUACAGAAGACUGUCUCACUGUGUUGGACGAUUUUCUUGAAGGAGGGCUCGAGGAGAAGAUGCAUGGUUUCUUCAAGGGUACAGAAAUCUCAUCUUUGGACUGCUUAGCCUUUGGCUAUCUCGCUCUGAUGCGUGAUGCGCCCGUACCAAGAUCUUUCUUAAAGGAUUGGCUCAUGAACAAGACACCCCGGUUGUCCACGUUUGUUGACGGUAUGAAGACAAAAUGCCUGGGCAAGUCCAAACUCUUGCCGUGGGCUGAGCCUGGUAAUAACACAGUGUUACGCAUUGGAAGCCGAACCCUUGACAGUAUCCUACACAACGUUCCUGGUCUGGGCGAUGAGUAUGCGACCGAAGUGCGAAGACGUGCUGAAGGAGGUAUCACUGGCAUUGAUGCCAGAUCCCUCAUGCUGGCAUUGAGUCUCCUUGCCACAGGUGCAGCUCUUGGCUAUGGCUACCACACAUACAAGGCACUACAGCCAUUUGGAUCACGAAUACAAGUGUGGCAUUCACACAAAAACUAUUCAAAACUCAGCGAGUUUGGUGCGCUAGGUUCCAUGUUGGGCAGUGUAUUAGGAGGACCAGUGGAAAUACCUACACCUUCCCACCCGUCAACCCAGGCUCGGAUCGUCGAGACCGAUACGGACGUGGACUAA